AUGGGAGGAAACUCGGAAGGAUUACAACCCUUAAUGCUUCCAAAGAUGGAGUUAUCAGAGAACGGAAAAACUCUGAAUCGAUUCAUAAACCAACUGAUUCCAAUGAAACUGGAUGACGAUGAUCUCGAGAAAGAUAUCAACACAGAUUCUACAAAACUAAUUACUCCAACUCAACAGGACAUUGACGAACAGCGCUACAAUCUUUGUUCGAGAAAGAAGAUUUGCUACGAUGAAGAUCAAUCCAACAAGGAUAGCAGUAGAAACAACAAAAACUUCUCAAUCAUCCUGAACUUAGUCAAUCCGACAUUUUUCAUGCUACUAUGUUUGACAGCCUUCCUCAUAGGAACAAGCGCUGAUACUUUUUCAGUCAAAUGUAACGGGCAAGGAAUCCAGAGCAGAGGACCCUUCAAAUCAUUGUCAAGAUGCGGUAACUGUUCUGUGUAUCUGAAUAUGUUUUGA